GCAGGAGGACGCUAUUUGAGCAGAUUUUCUUCCUUCACCCGGCUUUCUGAACGAUAAAGUUUUUUUUUCUUCUUUGAACCUUUUUAUCUCAAAUAAGGUGAUCAAAGAGGUUUGAAAUUUGCGUGUUUUUUUUUCUGUGUUGCUCUGAAAAGUGAAAAAAUGCCCCAGAACAACAACAAGAAAGUACCAAGUGCAAUUGACAGGGUUGCCAGUCUGCCUGUGGUCCUUUCAGCUUGUUCCACAUUAUCAGUCCUGUAUAAAGACACUAAAGACAGGAACCCUAGCCUGAAGUCUCUGUGUGAAGGCCUGGAGAGAAGAAUGGCCAGUCUGACCACUGCUGUGUACUCCAGGGUUUCACCUGUCAUUGUUAAACUGGAGCCCAAAAUUUCUGCUGCAAAUUACGUUGCGUGCAAAGGUCUAGACUGGCUGGAGACCUCAUUUCCUGUGCUACAGUCCCCCACAGAUGAGGUGGUUGCUGCUGCCAAGAACAAGAUGGGUGACCUUCAGGGGGUGGUGAGCGAUGCAGCCAGUGGAGCUGCUGAGUGUGUCCAGCACACGGUCUCAUGGGUGGUGAGCAGGAUCCCCCAGGUUGAGGAUGAUGAUGGAACAAACCAGUCUUUGGUGCAGAGAGCCAUCAGAGUGACCACUCUGGGAUUAGACUCAGCCUUGACCUUGUCAGAGACCCUGAUAGAUGAUGUGUUUCCACCAACAGAAGAGGAUAGAGAAAAAGCUCACUUGGAGGGAUCGAAGGCUGCUGCUCCCAGCAGAAAUUACCCAGUGCGACUGAUCAGACUCACCACCAAGCUGUGUCAGAGGUCCUACCAUGCUGUCUGCUUAAAGAUCCAGUUUGUUCAGGUCAGGGAGACUUUAUCAAGGUCUACUGGUGUGGUUCAGGACCUACAGAAGAACUGUCAGACCCUGGUGUGGAGCCUUCGAGGACUGCCUCAGUACUUGCAGCAUCAGACGGUUGCUGUGCUUUUGUUCUUCACCCAGAUGUACAGCUUGGGACAUCAAACGUCAAAACCAGAACGGUUUCAGGGCAGAACCGGCCUCAGGGUUGUCGGGGCAUCGCCCUCCAGAGAACCGGGUCGCCUGCAAUCUGCUUUGAGAACAAGGCCCACCAAGACGCAUGCAUUUGAGAAUGGCUAUAACGUUAAGGAAUGUGUUCAAAGUUAUAAUCGCUGAUUUAUUUAAUGUUCUGCUUGUUUUUGGAUGUUGAAACUAAAAUAAAUGACUCAAACUCA